AUCACUCUACAAUAUCUAACACCCAACUACCCACCCCACCCACCCACCCACCAUGGUCCGCCGCAAACCACCGCUCUCUUCCCUUCUCCUCCUCAUCUUCUCCACCAUCGCCAUUGCCACCGCCACCACCGCCGCUACCUCUAUUUCGCAAAGAUUUAAAGAAGCUCCCAAGUUCUACAACGCCGUAGAAUGUCCCCACACCGACAUUGACUACGACACCGACACUUUGACCACCUACGAUGAAUCCGCCGUUCACGUCGCCAUGACCCUCGACGUUACCUACAUCCGCGGAUCAAUGGCCGCCAUACUCUCCGUCCUCCAACACUCAUCCUGCCCACAGAAUAUUAUCUUCCACUUUGUCACCUCCGCUUCUUCAGACGCGUCACUCUUACGCGCCACCAUCGUUACUUCGUUUCCUUACCUGAAAUUUAAAAUUUACAGGUUUGAUGAUUCUUUUGUCGCCGGACUUAUUUCUACCUCCAUACGUUCCGCCCUCGACUGCCCACUCAAUUAUGCUCGGAGUUACCUUGCUAACAUACUCCCACCUAACGUUCGAAAAGUCGUGUAUCUUGAUUCCGACCUGGUGGUCGUCGACGACAUUGCAAAGCUCGCUGCCACACCUCUCGGAUACGACUCCGUCCUCGCGGCACCGGAAUAUUGUAACGCUAACUUCACCUUCUACUUCACACCUUCUUUCUGGUCAAACCCGUCUCUAUCUUUAACCUUUGCCAAUCGGAAAGCUUGUUACUUUAAUACCGGCGUGAUGGUUAUCGAUCUAGACCGGUGGCGUGCCGGUGGUUACACAACAAAGAUUGAAGAAUGGAUGGAACUGCAGAAACGAAUGAGAAUCUACGAACUGGGUUCUCUUCCACCCUUCUUGCUUGUUUUUGCCGGAAAGAUAGCUCCGGUGGAUCACAGAUGGAACCAACAUGGACUUGGCGGUGAUAACUUCCGGGGUCUUUGCCGUGAUCUACAUCCGGGACCGGUGAGUCUAUUACAUUGGAGUGGUAAAGGGAAGCCAUGGGUGAGACUUGAUGCAGAAAGGCCAUGUCCUCUGGAUGCACUUUGGGCCCCAUAUGAUCUUUUAAAGCCUCCAUUUUCGUUUGAUUCUUGAAUGAAUGGAGUUUCACAGAGUUGUGGCCAUCGCCGAUCAUCAGAAAUUGGUGGUGAUCAUUACGAAGGAGAUGAUGAUUAACUGGAAAGCUUGUAUAAUCUAUUCUCCUUUUUUUGUUUUUGUUUUCUUUUUCUUGAAUUUUUUAUUUUUAAAUAUGAAAUUGUACAUUUGUUUAAAUACUUAAAUAAUAGAAGUAGAGAGGGUCAUAUUCAUAAUUUUGUUGUAUAAAAGAAAAAAAAAAGUCCAAGACUUUAAGUGAUGUAAUAAAAUAUCUCUUUCUUCAA